UGGUGCAGCGCUCAGCGCUCACGGCAGGAGCUCCUCCUCCCCGGAGAGCCUUGACUGUACCAUCUCCUCCGCCCGGCUGGUCAUCGCCGCCGCCGCAUCCCCGCCGCCGCGGCUCCCGGAGCAGGAGCAGAGGUAGCUGGGUCGCCGCCGUUAGAGGGGACACCGGCUGCCGCUCGUUCCCUCGGCCGUCGCCUUCAGGGUCUGCCCUCCCCGGGGUCUCGGCUUUCUCCUCCCGCCGCCGCCGGCUCCCGCUUACCUCCGCGAUGGGGCUCCUGGACUCAGAGCCGGGCAGUGUCCUGAACGCGGUGUCCACGGCGCUCAACGACACGGUGGAGUUCUACCGCUGGACCUGGUCCAUCACAGAUAAACGUGUGGAAAAUUGGCCUCUGAUGCAUUCUCCAUGGCCAACACUUUGUAUAAGUACUCUUUAUCUCCUGUUCGUGUGGCUGGGUCCAAAGUGGAUGAAGGACCGAGAACCUUUUCAGAUGCGCUUAGUACUCAUUAUCUAUAAUUUUGGAAUGGUUUUGCUUAAUCUUUUUAUCUUCAGAGAGUUAUUCAUGGGAUCUUAUAAAGCAGGAUAUAGCUAUAUUUGCCAGAGUGUGGAUUAUUCUGAUAAUGUUAAUGAAGUCAGGAUAGCUGCUGCUCUAUGGUGGUACUUUGUAUCUAAAGGAAUUGAAUAUUUGGACACGAUAUUUUUUAUUCUAAGGAAGAAAAACAACCAAGUCUCUUUCCUUCAUGUAUAUCACCACUGUACAAUGUUUACAUUGUGGUGGAUUGGAAUUAAGUGGGUCGCAGGGGGACAAGCAUUUUUUGGAGCGCAGCUGAAUUCCUUCAUCCAUGUGAUUAUGUACUCAUACUACGGGUUAACUGCGUUUGGCCCAUGGAUUCAGAAGUAUCUUUGGUGGAAAAGAUACCUGACCAUGUUGCAGCUGGUUCAGUUCUUUGUGACCAUUGGACACACAACGCUGUCUCUUUACACGGAUUGUCCCUUCCCGAAGUGGAUGCACUGGGCUCUGAUUGCCUACACCAUUAGCUUCAUCUUUCUCUUUCUCAACUUCUACGUUCGGACAUACAAUGAGCCUAAAAAGUCAAAAACUGGAAAAACAGCUGUGAAUGGUAUUUCAGCCAAUGGUGUGAACAAAUCAGAAAAACUGGUGAUAGAAAAUGGAGAAAAGCAGAAAAAUGGAAAACCAAAAGGAGAGUAAAUUGAACUGGGCCUUAACUGUUGUUGACAGUGGAGAAGCUCCCAUUUCAGAUAAAAUUUCAGGGAAAACAGAAGCAAAUGAGGGUCUGGGGUGGGGAGAAAAAGGCAAAUGUGCUCCUGUGUAUUAGUAACCUUUAGAUUGAGUAAAGUGUUAAAUACAGUACCCAGAUGUUUUAUUUAUGAAGUUUUUAUUUUAAACAUUUUUUUUAUUAGCUUUGAUGUUGUCCAGACCAAAGCACUUGUUAUGUGACUUGGGAGGCGCUCCCUCUGUUCACAUCUGUUUGUCUAACGCAUGAGAUUUCUCAUGUAUUUAAUACGCAGUUAUUCAGUCUGAUGAUCACAGCAGCACAGUCUUUAUGAGUUUUUAUUUUGGCUAAAUUAUGAAUUAACCUACUGGUUAAAACCAGUUACCUUACAUUUUCUGGUCCAAAGCUGGAAAUGCAGAUACUUUAAAAUAUGCACAUUUGAAUUCAUUUGCUGACUGGAAUGGUCAAAUCUCUCCACCUCUGGUCUGAAUAUACCUUUUGGUUGUAAUUAAAUCUUGAAAAUCUGAUGAUCUCUGUAGACUUUUAGAGGCUUGAUGAUGAUGAUGGUGUUGGUGAAAAUAAGAAAGAAUUACAGUAAAUUCCUGUGUGGUGACCCAAAGGUCACCAUGACUUGUGGCACAAAUUACUGUGGGAAACAGUUUUUGUGAUGAAAAAUCAGAGCCUUUCAAUACUUAUAUUACUAUCAGAAAUACAUUAUGAAAAUUAAGAUUAUUGUCUGAUUGGAACAUGAAACAACUCAUGUCUUUAUUAGUAACAUCAUAAAAUAGUCACAUUAAUGCGCUGUUAGAAGACAGUAUGUUGAUUUUUAUAAGACUUUUAAUGUUUUGAUUUGUGUCUGUUACCAAUUUUUCAUAUGUGGAAAUAUACCUACCUCUUCUGUUGGAAAGAACACAUAAAAUUAAAUAAAUUUUAAUUAAAAAAUCAAGGAGUCCUCUAAUGUAAAUUUUAAUAUUGACUUUUGAAUCCACUAGUAUUUUUUGUUGUUGCUUUUUUACAAAUGGCAUACACCAAAUUUUUCUGUGACACUAUUCUCUUUCAAUGUGUUUAAUUUUGGAGUGAUACUUUCCUUGUGACAGAGUUACAAGAUCUUAUUUAUUAACUAGAUAUGAAGUGUAAACCCAUUUUGGUGCAAUAGUCUUGACUCCUUGGUGCUAAAGAUCAUUAAAUUCAGUGUUUGAUUGUUAUAAGGUGUUAAUUGUUAAGACACAAAAUGAAUAAAAGUGAGACUAGUCAGAACCAGAAAGUUAAAUUUGCUAUUUACAAAUGAAGUAUUUCAUGUAAUAUAAAUGAACAACUGGAAAUUCACUAAGAAAGAGAAGUUGUACAGUGUCUUAUUACAUAGAUUGUUAGGGGUGUUGCAUAGGAAUCGUUAUGGGAAGAGAAAAUGUAACCCCUCUACCCCUGCAAAAAAGCAUGACUAUUUCUAAGUAUCUCAAGAUGUCAAAACUGCGUGUGCAGGAUGUAUGCUAUUUGUGCAGACCAACUAUUUCAGAAUAUUUGUAAACUAUAAAAUACUUACUGUGCAUUAAAAUUAUGCACGUUUACCCCCAAAGGCAUGCGGUCAUGAGAAUUACAGAAGAUUUGCAGCACAUAAUAGUAUGGUCUAAGAGGAUUCAACACCUGUUUUUUUUUUUGCUGCUCAGUGUGUAAUGACUAGAGAUUUGUAAAUCUGUGCACAUUCUGUACUGGCUCCCCAGAGCUAUUCAUUUCCUGCUACCUGAUUUCAGCACAAUAAAUAUACUACUGCUGUGGG